ACCAGCUCUUCAGCACCACUAAACAAACUAUACGGACAAAAAGGAUCUCACCUCGAGCAAGGAGAGCAGAGAGGCUUCAACAAUGGACUCCGCCGCCGCGCUCCCACCGGCCGUCGAGCCCAAGAAGACGGGCAACGUCAAGUUCGCCUUCGCCUGCGCUAUCCUCGCCUCCAUGACCUCCAUCCUCCUCGGCUAUGACAUCGGGGUGAUGAGCGGGGCGUCGCUGUACAUCCAGGAAGACCUAAAGAUCACCGACACGCAGGUGGAGGUCCUCUUGGGCAUCCUCAACGUCUACUCCCUCAUCGGCUCCUUCGCGGCCGGGAGGACGUCCGACUGGAUCGGCCGGCGCUUCACCAUCGUCUUCGCCGCCGUCAUCUUCUUCGCCGGCGCCCUCAUCAUGGGCUUCUCCGUCAACUUCGCCAUGCUCAUGUUCGGCCGCUUCGUCGCCGGCAUCGGCGUCGGCUACGCGCUCAUGAUCGCGCCCGUCUACACGGCCGAGGUGUCCCCCGCCUCUUCCCGCGGCUUCCUCACCUCCUUCCCGGAGGUGUUCAUCAACUUCGGCAUCCUCCUCGGAUACGUCUCCAACUACGCCUUCUCCCGCCUCACGCUCCACCUCGGCUGGCGCGUCAUGCUCGGCAUCGGCGCGGGGCCCUCCGUCCUGCUCGGCUUCAUGGUCCUCGGCAUGCCGGAGUCUCCCCGUUGGCUCGUCAUGAAGGGCCGCCUCGCGGACGCCAAGGUCGUUCUUGCCAGGACCUCCGACACGCCGGAGGAGGCCGCCGAGCGCCUCGCCGACAUCAAGACCGCAGCCGGCAUCCCGCUGGACCUCGACGGCGACGUGGUCGCCGUGCCCAAGACCAAGGGGAGCUCCCAGGAGAAGCGCGUGUGGAAGGAGCUCAUCUUCUCGCCGACCCCGGCCAUGCGCCACAUCCUCAUCUCCGGAAUCGGCAUCCACUUCUUCCAGCAGGCGUCGGGCAUCGACGCCGUCGUGCUCUACAGCCCGCGCGUGUUCAAGAGCGCGGGCAUCACGGGCGACAAACGCCUCCUGGGCACCACCGUCGCCGUCGGGGCCACCAAGACGGUCUUCAUCCUUGUCGCCACCUUCCUCCUCGACCGCAUCGGCCGGCGCCCGCUGCUGCUCACCAGCACGGGCGGCAUGAUCGUCUCCCUCGCUGGCCUCGCCGCGGGGCUCACCGUCGUCAGCAAGCACCCGGACGAGAAGAUCACCUGGGCCAUCGUGCUCUGCAUCUUCUGCAUCAUGGCCUACGUCGCCUUCUUCUCCAUCGGCCUCGGCCCCAUCACGUGGGUCUACAGCUCCGAGAUCUUCCCGCUCCACGUGCGCGCGCUCGGAUGCUCGCUCGGCGUGGCACUCAACCGCCUCACCAGCGGCGUCAUCUCCAUGACCUUCCUCUCGCUCUCCAAGGCCAUCACCAUCGGCGGCGCCUUCUUCCUCUUCGCCGGCAUCGCCUCCUUGGCCUGGGUCUUCUUCUUCACCUACCUGCCAGAGACCCGCGGGCGCACGCUGGAGGACAUGAGCCAGAUCUUCGGCUCCACGGCCACGCACAAGCAGGCCGGCGCCACCGCGGAAGCAGCCGCCAAGGACAAGAAGGUGGAAAUGGCUGCCGCCAACUGAUCGAUCGACCGAAGACUGCCAGAUUGCGAUGCGAAGACUUUGUGCUGCUGUAUCCGUCUUGAUCGGCUAGCUAGCUGCCACUACGCCACAUACAGGACGAAGUAACGUGGGAAGAUUCGCUGAUCCGGCCGGUGCUGCUGGAGGGCGAUGGCAAGCUCCAGCUCGAUCGAGACGUUAAUGGCUAGUAGACUAGUUCUUAAAUGUUCAAGUACGUGAGUUUAAGUUCGCGCUUUGGUUUGUCCGGGCUGGUUGUGAUUUGCGAACAAUCCGACAAUCCCAAGGUAAGCCCAAUUGUCGCCGGGCUAGUGUGUACAGUAUAACUGUAGUAGACUGCAGAGAGGUCUGCUAGUUCGGCGUUUGUCUCGUGCUCGCUUUGCAUCGUUAGGAAGAAAACUGGCCCACUACCAUGCGAGAUGUGUGAUUAUUACGAAGAAAACGGAUGCUGGUUCGAGGAAUCUGCCUGCCGAUCAAUGUAGUGAGCCAAGCAAGUCAUGGGAAGAGUGUAAGGGAAAACUGUAUGUAUCUAUGUGAAGACUUUGUUUUUGAUAA